AUGUAAUUAAAUUACGAAAUACUUCAAGAAAUUUAUGUAAGUCAAAGAGUGAGAAUAGAGAAAGUAAGAUCAAUGCAAGAUAAUCAGACUUAUAUAUAAAAAACAUAUUUACAAAAUAAAAAUGAAGGUAUGGAUUAUAAUUAUAUUGAGGAUUGAAUGCAAUAAAAAUGUUAGCUCAAAUAAAGAAUUAAUUCGUAUUGUAAGUGAUUGAAUAUCUUGAAAAUGAAGAACAAUAAUUAGUUAUAAUAUAAGAAUAUUGUGAUUAAGGUGAUUUGAAAACAUUUACAUUAUAACAUAUCGGUUACAAAAUGUAAGAAAGCAUAAUUUGGUCUCUAUUUUUGUAAAUGGCAUAUGCUUUGUUAUAAUUAAAUGAAGUAGGAAUUUAACAUAGAGUAUUGAUUCCUGAGAAUAUUUUAUUGUUAAGUAGAACAGAAGGUUAUUAAAUUCGUAUAACAGAUUUUCAUAAAUCAUCUAGAUAAACUCUAUGUUAAUUACCCUGUCCUGCCAUUUAUUUACCUUAUGAAUACUUCUUUGAUGGUCAUUAUACAUAAAAGUCACAUAUUUGGCAGAUUGGACAUAUACUCUAUUUUAUGGUUUCAUAAAAAUUAUUAUUUCCAACAACAACUCUAGAGAAUUAAGUAAAAGAACAAUUAAGAAGAGGUAGAAUUCAAAUUAAUAUACCUGAUGUAUAUUCAUAAGGAUUAAUCAAACUUAUUAAUGUUUGUUUAACAAUUAGAGAAAAUCAAAGACCAAAUAUUUUAUAAAUUUUAAGAAUGAAAGAAGUUAAAGAUGCAUUAACUAGACCAAAUUAUGAAUUCUCUUUAGAUUAAAGAAGACAUCUAAUGUAUUGGAUUAAUAGUUCUGAAACAGCUAUUUCUAAUCCAAUUUAAUAUUCGUUUAAUGAAUUUGAUUUACAUUCUCCUAUAUAAAUUUAAAAGGAUGUAGUUGUCAAAAAGAAUUUCAAAAACACUAAAUUACCAGAAAUUUUUCAAUAAAAUUAAUAUCCAAAAAAAUCAUCUACUGAUAGAUUUCCAGAAUCAGACAAUGUUAAAUCUGAUAUUAAAAGAAAGGAAGAUCUCUAUUUAUAAUAAUAAUUGUUAUCAAAAACAUAUACAAAUAAAUAUUUUUAAGGUGUUGUUAAACCAAUUAGUUUUCAUAAAAAAAAAUAACCUAUUACCAAUACUGAAUUACCAAAAUUUUCUAUUCCUUAUUAAAAAUAAUUAGAUCCUGUUUUUUAAAAUCUUUUAGAAAAUAAAAAAUAAUUAUGUGAUCAAUAGAUCGGAGAAACUGAAUAUAUGUUUCUAAGAUCUUAGAUUAAAUUUAAUGUAUUUGUUAUUACAUUUAUACAAAUAGAAAACAGACAAAUUACUCAGUUAUAUGCAAUCUAAACAUCCAAAAGUUGAUAGCAGUUAUAUCUUAUAAUAAAUAAAUGAUAUUGCAUAUUUGGAAGAUUAAAGAAUCUUUUUUAAAAAUAAAUCCUGA